GUAUCUUUGUAACUAUAUAAGUCCAGGGUACAUGCUUUUGACUCCAUCUCUUUCUGCAGUCCCAGCUCCUCAGUCAUGCUGCAGCUGACGGUCCUCGGCCUCUUCCUGACAUGUGCUGUGUCUCUCAGCAGCUCUGCUGUAAUUCUAGAAAAUGGCAUGCCCAUCCUGUGGGCGCAAACGGCCAGCCAAGUGACAGACCUGCCCAUACAGAAUGGCGUUCUGACUCCUGAUCCCUGGCACUUCCUUCACUGUAUGAGUCUUUACCGGCUGAUGAUAGCUGCUACAGACCCGUUUAUGGGAUCCAUGGGGACAAACGCUACAGACAGUCCUUUGUGGGGACUGCCACUGCAGCUUGGAUGGAUGCUAACUUCUGGGCGUCUCGCUGAUCCAACCGGUGCCACAACCUGCGGCCUGCAAACAGGAGAUCCUAUGUGUAUUUCUACUCAGAGUUGGUGGGGUUGUGUAACCUAUUUUGUCUCUGCACUGCCCUUCCUAUCUGCCGCACAACAGGGCUUCAUGGGAGCGGGAGUUCAGGUCCAGAUGCAGUUGCACACGGGUGUAGAGGACUAUUGCACCACCUAUGCUGACUGUGCAGCUCGCUACCCUGAUGUCAUGUCUAAGUGGGAUGCCUUUUUUCAGGGUCUCAAGGCUGCGACUGAGUCUCCUCUGCCUGAAAAUGAGAAGAAAGACACUCUCCUUGGUCUUUACUGGGCAGCCCAGAUGGCUUCAACUUAUGCCUCUGCAGCAUGCAACACCAAGCAGAGCCACUACUCCUCUGAAGAGGUGUCAUUUGCUAACAGCUGGCUGAACUCAGCAGAGUACGUGGCGGCGGCACAUUUCCAGUCCAAUUUGGAAAAAUCUACACAGUUCAUAUCCCCUCUGCCAAGUCGAGUUUUACAGGAGGGAGAUAGGGCACCAAACAUUGCUGAUCUGAGUCAGGAGGAGAACCACACACUUUAUAUCUUCUCCUGGAUGAAAAACAUCAACACUCUACUUGGUGGGUCGAUGGUGCGUCUGUGGAGAAGUGCCAUGUGUUCAGUGACCACAAGAGAGAAAGGCAGUGAGAUGUUGGAGCAGCUCCUGCUGAAUCCGAGCUUUGCCUCAAACUCUUUCCUGUCCAUUGUCACUGGAAUGACUACCAGCUGCUGAGACAAACACGCAAACACACUCAUAAAUGGUAACAGACUGAGAUAACAACUCCAAUUUUAUAAUGAUACUCACUUUUUCAUCUGAAAGUUAAAGACACAUGCUAAAAUUAAUCUGAUUUUACACGUGUAAAUUCUACAGGAUUAAUUCUGUAAAACUCAUGGGGGGGGAUUUCACUAAGACAAGACACUUGUAAUACCAAGAGACAUAACUGGCAUGUCAUUUCCAUCAAAGUAAAUAGUUCAAGUUGGUACUGAAAGUACGUUUUGUCAUUAUUUGGAGGGUUUAAAUCACCUGACAGAAUACAGUGUAAAGCAGGUAAUCCUCAGUAUGUACUACAUGUUCUCGUCAUGCUCUUGAGAUUAUGUGUCCAAGUAAACUGUCGACAGUCCCCUCACUUUUACUGUCAUUUGUUGUGGAGCUUGAUACUGAACUUGAAUGAAUAUAUAGUACAACGCUAUAUUUAUGAAAGCUUUACUUUGCAGAUUUAAAUUCUGCACACAAAAUAAGUGAUUACUUUAUAAAAUAUCAUGCAUGCUAGAUAUGCAUCAUGCUAGAUUAAAAUUCUUACACAUUCAUGCUUCAGUAAUAACAAUCCAAUUAUAAGAUCGACAGGGGCUAUUUUGAAUAAUACCAUUACUUUUGAUACUUUAAAUACAUGUUACAGAUAAUAUUUUUGUGUUUUUUCUCAAGUAAGAUUUAAAAUUCAGGAAUUUUACUUGUAAUGGAGUAUUUUACACUGCAGUACUGCUACUUUUACUUCAGUAAAGGAUGUGAAUACUUCUUCCGUCACUGGCAGAUGGGUUUAAAGUUUAGAUUGUUGCGGUCAAGUCCAGCUGAAACAUGAUGUCACUACAGCUGUCUGUUUAAAAAUUUGACAAACGUCUUCAUUUUUGAAAUGUAUUUUUCCUGGCUUUAACGAUGAUCAGUCUCUAAAGUGCGUGGUAAAUCAGUAUGUCAUAUGGAGCUCUAAUCCAGUCCAAUAGUGCUCCCUAGAGGUGAUAUGUUGUAAAUACUAACCUAUGUUGUAACUUUUCCAGGAAUUGUUAGGGAUGUUAUGCACCUGUCAGUCAUCAUUUCCCCGCUUAAUUUUUCCCCAGUGAUAUGGCUGCCAUUCUCUCUGUCUGGUAACAUCUUUGUUAAAACCAGUUGCUGGUUUUAAUGCUGUGGCUGAUCCAUGUAUAUUUGAAAUCAAACUUACAAAAAACAUUUCUUGUCAUAAAGUGGUGAAAAAGAUAUGGACCCACAGCAUUAGCAGAAUAGUGUUACAUACAAGUUAACGUUGGAUAAGGCAGUCACAUGCUUGCAACCUGCAAGUUUAUUCUGUAACCCUGUUGUAGUUACUGGAGUGAGCAUCCAUACACAAAGAUGUUACCAGACAGAGAUAAUGGCCACCAUAUCACUGGGGAAAAAUUAAGCAGGGAAAUGAUGACUAAUGCCCAUUUCCUUAUAAUUGAUUCAUAUCAGACACAGCCAUCUUGGCCAGAGCCAUAUAAACACUAUUUUCAGUUUGUAUACAUAGCUGCAGGGUUUCCUGGUACUGGAUUAUUGAAAAAGAACAGAAACACUUUAAAGAUUAUUUCUGUAAAUAUAGUUUAGAAUUGGAAAAAUUGGAAACCAGUAGACUGAAGAUGACUGGGAAACCUUUAGUUCAUAGAUGGUGUGUGAGAAAACAAAUUAUGGAAAAGUCUUUAUUUCAACACAAAACAUAACAUUUACUUUAACAAAAUACGACACAGAAUUUGAAUCGCUGUAGGUGAUGCCAUCAAAUAAGAAUGACAUCGAAGACAUUUUCAAAAGGAAGACACAAAGGGUCAUUAUACUCGCUGUGGAAAAGCACAAUAAAAAACCCCUCUGUAUGUUAUUAAAAUCAUAUAUCUAUGCUAGCUCAUGAUUGUCAGUGGAAAAGCAAUAUCAAAUACAAAUUCACAAUAACAAAACACAAAUACAGAAUGUGAUAUCCUGUCAAGGCUUAGACACUAUGUGUAUUUUAACGGCAUUUUUCUUUUCUUUUUUUUCUUUUUUUGCUUUUUAAAGCUUACUCUUGGUGUUUCUUCCUAUUCAUGAUCAACCGUUUUUUUUUUUUUACAGAACAUUAAGUUAGUGCUGCCAAAUUUUUGUUCAGUACAAAAACAUGAAUUGCAUUAAAUGGAAUUUUGAAGAUUUUGGUACUACUCAGUUUUACAUGAAGCUAAUUAAACGUAUCACUUACUCACAUGGUAAAGCAAAUACAGAAUACCCAGAAGGAAUCUGUAAAUAACUGCAGUAAAAAUAAAAAAAUAAAAAAAUCUUACAUAAGCUGUGCCAACUUCCAGACAGGGCACACCAGUAAAUACUGCUUCCUCAGGACAUGGAUAGCCUGUUCAAAAUAGUAAUGAAUGGAGAUUUGAUAAUACACAUGUACCACUGGUUAAUUUACAGUAGUGGUUCCCAAACUGUGGGGUGGGGCCAUCUGGAGGGGCGCAGAGGUACUGCCGGGGCGCACAUUACCGAGUGGCAUAUGAAAC